UGUUAAGUAUUCAAACAGGGCCAGAGACUAUUGAAAUCAAGCCCAGGUUUCCAGUAAACUCCACCCCCGAGUCACCUGAUGACUAAAGUGCAUCUCAGUGCUGUAACUUUAACAACUCUCCAGGACUCAUGUCUGUCUGACACAACGGAACACUGGGAUUUUAUUUAGAUUGUUCUGAAAUAUCAGGGUGUUAAACCAACCAAUACAAGACAAAAUCUAGUGACACAGCGUGAGAAAAUGGCUUCCAGUUCGUCUCUCCCAGAGGAGGAUUUCUCCUGCACGGUGUGCCUUGACAUCUUUAAGGAUCCUGUCAUGUUGUCAUGCAGCCACAGUUUCUGCCAAGCCUGUCUAAAGGAAUGCUGGAAAGACAAGGAAUCUCGGGAAUGUCCAAUUUGCAGGAAAAUAUCGUCUAAUGAUAAUCCUCCUCCAAACCUCUCUCUAAAGAACCUGUGUGAGGCCUUACGGGAAAGGAGACAGACGGAUCUGAUAAGUCCAACUAAAGGGUCCAAGGUGCUCUGCAGUCUACACAGUGAGAAAUUCAGGCUGUUCUGUCUGGAGGAUAAAGAGCCCAUCUGUUUGGUGUGUCAGGUCUCAAAGAAACAUAAAGCUCAUGACUGCAUCCCUGUAGAUGAGGCUGUACAGGAUCACAAGGAGGAACUCCAGACUGACCUGAAGCCCUUACAGGAGAAGCUGAAGGUCUUUAAUGAAGUUAAACAAACCUGUGAUCAAACAGCAGGGCACAUUAAGAGCCAGGCCCAGCACACGGAGAAGCAGAUUAAGAAGGAGUUUGAGAAACUUCACCAGUUUCUACGAGAGGAAGAGGAGGCCAGGAUAGCUGCUCUGAAAGAGGAAGAGAAGCAGAAGAGUCAGAAGAUGAAGGUGAAGAUUGAGCAGAUGAACAGAGAGAUUUCAUCACUUUCAGAUACAAUCAGAGCCAUAGAGGAGGAGCUGAAAGAUGAAGAUAUCUCAUUCCUGCAGAACUUCAAGACCAUGAAGGAAAGAGCACAGUGCACAAUUCCGCAUCCACAACUGGUGUCAGGAGCGCUGAUAGACGUGGCCAAACACCUGGGGAACCUGACGUUCAGAGUCUGGGAGAAGAUGCAGGGGAUCGUCAAACACACUCCUGUGAUUCUGGACCCCAACACUGCAUCCCCCUGGCUCUCUCUGUCUGAUGAUCUGACCAGUGUGAGUCAGACUGGCCCAGAGCAGCAGCUCCCUGACAACCCAGAGAGAUUCACAAUGUACUCAUCUAUUCUGGGCUCUAAGGGGUUCAGCUCAGGUAAACACAGCUGGGAGGUGGAGGUGGGGGACCAUCCUGACUGGGUUAUGGGCGUGUCUAAAGAGUCAGUUGACAAGAAAGGGGAGCUGACUGUAUCACCAAAGUAUGGAAUCUGGGGUAUAGCGCAGAGCAGUGGUGAGUAUAGUAAUGGAAUAGGAGAGACCCUCCUCCUGAAGAGGAUACCCCAGAGGAUCAGAGUGCAGCUGGACUACGACCAGGGGGAGGUGUCCUUCUACGACUCCAAAGACAUGACACUCAUCUACACUUAUAAAGACACAUUCACUGAGACGCUCUACCCAUACUUCUCUAUUGCAUCAUCUGGUGAUGCCAAAAGCACUGGUGUACAGAUCUGCCAAUCAGAGGUGUUUCUGACAGUGAAGUCAUCCCAAUGAGGUUGUGUGUGUGUCUGAGACACACAGAGAGAAACAUGAGUCAACUAUACUCAUACUUCUGUCAUUUUUCCUAAUAAAAAAACUCAGUGGGGUCUCAACUUACUGUUGAGAGAAUAGCAGUAAACAUAAGGUGACAUUUAGAAACUUAGUUGUUCAUCAGCAGUUCUCCUCUUAAGUCACUCACUGACAGUCACUCAAUUAGCAUGUCAGUAAAAAAAUGUUUUGAUUGGGAAAUUAGUUUAGUUAGUCUAAUCUAAACUUGUUAACAUCAUGGCCGACUUGCUGACCGGGCACGCAGGGCACGUGCCAAGGGGCCCUGACCACUAGGGGGCCCAUUUGAUUUUGUAGUCACUUUCACUCAGAUAUCAUAUUAACAUUGCAUAAUUCAUGGCAGCAUGUGUAGAAUUUCAGGAAAUGUGCUUUAAACUACACAAAUGUCUCCCCAUCCCAUGGCAAAAUGUGUAGAAUUGCAGGAAAUUAGCUGUAAAACUACAAAAUAAUUGUUUUGUAAAGAAUACUGUUUUCUUUUUGUUAAUAUAAAAUGUUUUCUGCCAACAGAUCCCUCUGUAUUAAUUCAUAGUUUUUAAUCCCGGUGCUGAGUUAACGUGAGUUAAUGUGUAGAGGCUAAUUGUACAGCUAAUAGGCUAUGUGUUUGUAGAUGGACUGAGGUGAAUGAAGCCACAGCAACCAAUGUGAUAAUGGCUGGGGUCAUUUUUAGUUGUUUCUGCUGUUGUCCAAAUAGCAUUUUAGAGUUUUUUUUAAAGGGGUCAGUACUAUACACCACUACACCUCUCUGUAGAUAACCCUGUGUGUAGUGGGGUCAGUACUAUACACCACUACACCUCUCUGUAGAUAACCCUGUGUGUAGUGGGGUCAGUGCAAUUUACUGGAUUAUCUUGUGACCGGAACAAAACUACUUAUUUUACUCAACGAGAUAAAUAAAUGGUGUUUCAUUAAAAAGAUGGGCCUGGCUGACAUGGACUCU